AUGCAGAUAUUUGACUUUCAUUACAUAUGGGAAUUGAAGACUGAUAUCAUGUUUAUCAAAGAAAUACGAUUUAUUAUCUAUCUAUCCAAGCAAAAUUCAAUAAUAUCUACAUUUCAUUUCAAACUGUUGUGUGCUGCAUUGACGGUACCCAAAAAACGUAAAGAUAUAAAAUUAAUUAUGUCUCACAAAUUAGACAUUGCUGUUUCUAAUAUCAGGGUGAGUUCUGUGCUGAACCGAGACACAAAGCAGUUUGGCAAAAAGCACCUGGUUGACAGUGAUGACGACACCUGCUGGAACUCGGACCAGGGUUCCCCCCAGUGGAUCAGUAUGGAGUUUGACCAAAUGUCCUCACUCACUAAAAUGCAGCUCCAGUUUCAAGGAGGUUUUGCGGGCCGUGAGUGCUGGCUGGAGGGCCGGACAGAGGGCAGUGCUCAAUGGGCAAAAGUCAGAGACUUCUUUCCAGAUGACAUCAAUGGCCUUCAAACAUUUAGUUUCGAUCCUCCGACAGAAAAACUCCAGGCGGCCAAAAUUGUGUUCAGCACAAGCACAGACUUUUUUGGACGAAUAACAAUAUAUAGUCUGGUGCUAUAUGGAUCCGAUUCCUGACCUAAGUUGAAAUGAAUUGGUAAAAUGGUAAUGGCAGUUAUGUUCACUUCUGGUAUAUGGACAUGAUUCUCUGUACAUUGAUUCAUUAUCCAGGAGGGAUCAAGGAGGCUACUGGCUAGCUCUGAUCAGUGGUGCAUAGUACAAAGGGAUAUAUAAUUUGCAAGUAUAUUGACAUAAACAGUUAAAAAUAAUUUGGAACUUUAAACUGCUGUUGUAUGAUGGCAGACAACAAAAUUAAUGUCUUUAAUAAGGCUGUUACCGUUAUUUGGUUUCUUUUUUUUUAAAUUUAUCUAAAAAAAUUAAAUUUCUAAAUAAAAAA